AUGUUAAACAACACCACAUUUACGAACGCGACAAACAGCACAAAUGGCACUAGAGCUGGACCUGGGCCCCAACCUCCUCCUUUCCCCCAAGUUGACGUCGUUGCUAUGGUCUUCUUUUGCAUCCUUGCCUUGAUGAUUGUGUUUGGAAACUCGUUAGUUAUCGGUGCAUUCCUCGUUAACAGACGACUUCGCAAGACAAGCAAUCUGCUAUUGGUGUCCUUAGCCAUCGCUGAUAUGCUGAUAGGAAUGAUCUCUGUGCCGCUCUGGGUUUAUUCAUCUAUAACAUAUAACUAUAAAGGUCCUUUGUCUGAUUUCUAUAAGAUUUUUGAUGUCAUCUGCGGCGUGUCUUCGAUCCUAAAUCUCACUGCCAUCAGCCUAGAGAGGUGUUAUGCUCUACUCCACCCGAUAAAGCAUCGAAACAUCAGAAAACGUAAGUCACAGUAUUCCUUACUUGUACUUCAGGGAGGCCGAACGGUUAGAGCGCUGGCCCGGAGUUCAAGUCCCGCCUUGGCCACUAGCUGGAUUUGUUCUCUGUAGUCCCGAGUUCAAAUCAUCGGCAUGCUUGUAAAUUAGGCAACUGAUUCGCCCCCUACCAGUUGGAUUUUUAACCAUGUUAUGUUCAGUUGAAAUUAUUUGUUUCAUUAUCGCUGAAAAGCCCCACAAGGGGAGAGGAUAAUUAAAUUUACUUUUAAUAAUGGAAGAUUAUUCAAAAAAUGGGGGGGGGGGGGCUGCUGUACUAAACUAAUACGGGUACUAUCUGUCAUGCUAAAAAACAAACAGAAACAGAAACUAAAACAAGACUGUUCACUUUACCGAAUUUUUAUGGCUGAACGAUGUUUUUGGAGACGCGAUGAUGCCCACAAUUAUUCAAACUUUCUACACCUAACGGAAUUUAACAAAAUGCGCCAAAGAACAAGAAGAAACAGUGGAAUGUGUAAAAGGGAUCUAAAAAAUCUAGAUAUUCAGGCCCACCGAACAAUUGCUAAUGCACUUCCGAAUUGCUUAACGGAAAUCUAACAUGGUAAACUGUUACGACUCACACCAACAUUGUAUAAACCGGCAAGAAAAGUGUAUUUAUUACAAACGUGCGGGCAUAUAUAAUCAAGGACUUGGGCCCACUUCAUGUAGUAGUCACGAGGUAUAAUUCUUCAUAUAUACGCCACCAAAUAUAACAUUAGUCACAGCAUCUCCCCCAAGUUUAAGAUACCUAUAUAAUUAUUAUUAUGUGCAAUUAAUGAUAUGGAGAUAUAUAAACAACAACAAAAAAAAAACUUAUGAGAAAUAGAAAUCAAGACAAAUAAAUAAACAUAAGCUAUCCUUGAGUACGCUAUGUUCUGUGUGAACUAAAUAUACUAUAUUAGGGUACACAACAGUGCAUGUGACCCAUAUCAGUCUUAAACCUAUUCAGUUCAUAUCCUAUUUAGUUCAAUUCAGUUCCUAUUCGAUAUUCCAAGCUGCCGUAAGUGUAGUACACAUAUCUCGUCAUAAUUCAAGCAAUAAAGUCAUUCAGGUAUGCAGGUCGUCGCCUGGACCUUUUCGGUCUACUGGGUCUUGUGGAACUACUGGAUGGCGCAGAAGUGUCUAGGACUGCCGGGCUUGGCAUAUCCACUUCCUAAAAAUUCACUGCUGUUGUUCCUCCUUCCUGUUGACUGCUACCACUACCACUCUGUUCGGUGGGGUUCUCUUGCACUGGCUCUGCAGUUUUCUCUUGUUCAGGUAGUUCCAGUAAGUUCUCCUGCUCAACAUCCUUUUGGUAAGUGGGUUCAUCUUUCAUGUCAACCGCACCCAUCAAAAGUGUCUCUCUCCAAUCUUCACUCUGACCGCUCUGGUAUACAUUCUCCUGGUACACAAGGACAUUUGCAAGUUUGAACUGACUAGCAUCUCGCCGAACCUCUCGGCCAUCUGUAAUACGUCUCGCAGUAAUAGCAGAUCCACUGAUUUUAAUCACUGUGUAGAGUACAGGUUCAUAUGGGGUUGACCAUUUGUUCCUCUUUCUUUGUCUUAGCAGGACAUGAUCUCCCACAACAAAAUUGUGUUCUUUACCGCUUCCACCUUCAUCUGCCAUCUUCUCUUUGUACUGCCUGUCCUUCGCAUCCAUCAUUUUAUCUCUGCUGCUUCUCUCCUUCCGUGGCACUGUGUAGUCCAACUUAGGUCUGACAGGCCUUUUCAUCAUAGCUUGAUAAGGUGAAAUGCCAGUCGCAGGGUGAGGUGUGUCUCUGUAAGCCUUUAACAUAUCCUGGACAGCCAUGUUUCUGUCUGGUCCUGAUUUCCCUUGCAGAUGGGCAAUUUGUUCUGUUUUGUUAAGGGUCUGCGUAAAUCUCUCCACCCGCCCAUUAGCUCUAGGGUGAUUUGGCGUGACUCGAUGAUGUACAAAUCCUUCUUCCUUUGCAAAAUCCUUAAAUUGCCCUGAUUUAAACGGUGGUCCAUUGUCUGAAGUUACCCGUCUAGGAAUUCCAAGGUAAGCAAAGGUCUUUUACAGCUUCUCCUUAGUUUGCUUGAAUCCAGUUGAAGACACAACCUCUACCACAGGAUACCGGGUUGCCACUAAAUUGUUAUGGCUAUCAGGGUAAGGUCCUCCGAAAUCAAUUGAGAUUUGUUCCCAUGGUUUUUCAGGAAUAACAGAUGGCUUGAUGGGCUCUUGUCUGUGACUCUUAGUGGCUACUUGACAGUCAAAACAGCUUCCAAUUGUUUGGCUGAUCAGGAACCAAUAUUUUUCACUGAACAUCUGCUUCGUUUUUGUCGUGCCAAGGUGUCCUAAUGUAUGAGCUGACUUAAUGAUUUUCUGCUGUAGGUUUGCUGGUAAAAUAAUUCUCUCCAUGCGAAAAAUCAUGCCUUGGGACUCAUAUAACUCUUCUUUGACUUGGUAGAAGGGAGUCAAGUCUGCAUCCCUUUUGUUGCUUUCCCAGUUCCCUUUUCGGAUGGUUGAACUCAACUUCCGCGGUACUCUAUCUUGACUUGUUUCUUCUCUAAUCCUGUCCAAUACCACUGCAUGCUCUGUAGUAAUCGCUGCCUUCAAUACCUUCUCUGUGUCAUCAUUUCCAAUGACUGGCAAUGGGUGUCUCGAUAAGAAAUCUAAAGGAUCUAAUUCAUCUCUCCCAGGUUCAUACUUCAUUUCAAAGUCUACAUCUUGCAUGUCCAAAACCCACUUUUCAAUGCGAGGGGGAGCUUUACUGACGGUUUGCUGAACAUAGGCAAUAGUCGCUUGUGUGCUGUCACGAUAUUAAACCUUGGACCACCCUGAAGGUACAUACUGAACAGAUCUUUGGCCCAUCUCACACACAAACACACAAGGCAUCCUUUUUCUGUCUGAGUGUACCUUUUUGCACAUCAGUCAGUGGCCGACUAAUGAAAUGUACUGGCUGCCAACCCUUAGCAGAUUGCUGUAAGAGACCCGCUGACAGCCCUUCAUUGUAGCUACAAUCGGCGACAAGGGUAAUUUCGGAGAACAAAAGAAUCCGCACCCCUCCCGUGUCCCCUCCAUUCAAAGUUGGGGUGUUUGUUGUUUUCUACAGGUAGCUAGAACAAAGGCACAACAUUGCACGGAGGGGAUGGGGGAGGAAAGCUAUAUUUCCUCCCUUUCAAGUUAAUAAAACGUAAAAAAGCCCAGUUUUGGGCGAAGUGUCUCAACUCAUUUUGUCGCCGAUUGUCUGAAUCGAAAUCUACGCACUGUUGUCUUAUUAGCACCGGUUAGGAGACGGUAACUAGUUGAGAUUACUAUAUACACCGGGUCGUUUUUCAGAACAUAGAUAAGAUACCCAUAUAAUCCCUAACCUGUGUUUUUCGAGGGAAAAUUAGUUUUGACAAUCUUUGUACUCGGUAGAGUUUUCAAGUAAUUACGCAGCAUACCCACGUACCGAAUGAUUGAUUUUCCUCUGGUAACUAAGUGUGAUCGGUAGGAAUCAAUGGCAGGUAAUAUAUUGUAUCUGAAUAUAUCCCUAGUACGUUCGAAGUGUUUAUUCAAAGUUUGGCUAUUUGAUAAGGGUGGGAUGGACGAUAAAAUAUCCAUGAUUGCUAUGCGCAGGAGAAUUUUCAGGAAAAAUGUUCCAACUUCUAACGCACAGCAAAACUGCAUAGCAUCGCUAAAUCUGUGCAGUAGAUUCGUUGCCCAUAUACCCAUAAGGAUCUUUGAAGAAUGUACUUUACAGUAGAAAUUAUCAAGUCAGGAGGGGACUGGCCACGAGUAACUACGAGUAACCAACUUUGUUCUUAAAAGAUAAUUAAAUUAUUUUUCUUUUAGACUCAUCGUGGUUACUCGUGGAAAUUCCUCCUAAAGAGCAAUUUUAGCCAUUAUAACUACUUUAAUGCCUAGAAAUCUAUUAAGUUUCCUAUCCUUUUCACUUUGUUCUUUGUUUCGAUGCGUUUCGAUAAAGGAGAGAAUAAGAAAUCGUGGGCGACGCGCCACAUUGCACGAUGUCAAGGCACGGUUAAGCGUGACACGAAAUGUCACGCACUGAAAAUAACGAAAUCGCCUUAUUCUAAUUGUUCUAAAAUAGGUAUGAUGAAGUCGAACACAACAAAUGAAAAGCCACCAGGGGUCUUACAUCCCAGCAUAAAGAAAUGAAUUCAAUUACCUUUCUAAAGGACGUACGGCCACUUUUGAGAUUCAGACAAUCGGCGACAAAAUUGUUGAGAUAUUGUACUUAAGUAGGGUAAUUUCGGAGAACAAAAGAAUCCGCACCCCUCCCGUGUCCCCUCCAUUCAAAGUUGGGGUGUUUGUUGUUUUCUACAGGUAGCUAGAACAAGGGCACAACAUUGCACGGAGGGGAUGGGGGAGGAAAGCUAUAUUUCCUCCCUUUCAAGUUAAUAAAACGUAAAAAAGCCCAGUUUUGGGCGAAGUGUCUCAACUCAUUUUGUCGCCGAUUGUAGUUUUAAUUGCAAUUUAGCUAUAUUUCUUUAACAAUAUAUAUUUCAUUACAUUAGUAGUUACAUAGAGGCAACAGCCGAGUUUUGAAUAUGAAAAGUUUUGCUAACUUGUAUUUUUUCAUAAUACAUGUCUGUCUGAAUUCGUCAAAACGUGGCCACAAGGUUUUCUCCUGGCGCCGGACACCAGGCCAGUGUGGUCUCCAAAAAUGUGGGGGGCUUCGCAUCUUGCUCGGCGGCACAAGCGGAUAGCCCGGGGACUGCCCUAACAGUGGGUGGGUGGAUCAGACCUGGAGAGCAAAACUAGAGGGGUAGAGAGAAAGCUCUUUUGACACAACCCCUUCAGUAAGGAGCAGUGUUUACUAGAGGCUUGACUGACAAGUACCUUGUUCUUACUUUGCCCUAAUUAUCAUGAUAAUUGUAGAGCUCAGGGGGAGGCGCAGUCGGUUACCCAGUCCCCUGGGUGGGGAGGGUGAAGUUUUUGGUAACAAGGACAUACUUAGCUGAGGACCUGAAGACACUCAUUGAAAUCACGUUUAUAUAAAUUCAGUCAGAGGUAGAUUUGUCCUUUUUAAGGUGAAAACUGGCAAUAAGUCUGCGCUUCUUCCAGGUUAAACAGCCGCUAACUGAACUUGCAAUUUUAUUCACAUUGUAAUGCUUUGUACAUGUACAUAUUUGUUGUUUUGCUGACCUAGCUAGUUCUUUGUUUCAGUACUUUUACUUUUUAAAAUAGCAAUAGUAACAAAAGACUUCAAGUUAAAAGUAGAUUUUGUUUUUAGUUUUCAUUUAAUUCUAUUAAGCGAUUUCUGUUUGGAUUUCUAUUGUUCUCUUUUGUCUUCAGGGGUUGUAAACAUCAUAUAUAAGUAAGCUGGAUUUUAGAGCUGAUUACAUUGCUCGCCGUGUAUAGCCAGAGUUAUGGCCAGUUAAUUUACCGAGAAUGAGAAUAAACUGGGGAUGUUGGAACCAAAGUUCAGUUCUGUUUUAUCUACUGCUGUACCAGUUAGUUGUUUUGAUUCCGGUCCUAUGACAGAGAUGUGACGGCUUUCCCCCCCAAAGCGAGUUGCCAUUUGAGUCUACUUUAAUUCCCACAGUUUUGUUGAGCGCCGAAGCACCGAGUUCUCGGUGAGCCUUUAAUUUGUUGCAAAGUGGAAAAACCUUCCUUCACAAUAUACAUAUUACAAAAAAGGUCAUUUUACUUCAUUACCUUUGUUUUUUUGUGUUUUUUUUUUCCCGCCAAUUAGUGACGGAAAUCACUAAAGAUGAGAUUUGCAGCUUUAAGGACGUAUUUUCUUGCUAAUUGGAUGUCAGUACUGAAAUGAAGCUUUCUUUUCAGUUUGACCUGUGGAGGCCGUCUCCCGGUCCCCUUGACCCGGCAGGGACAAGGGAGCGUCAAGCACCAGUGAGCUCUCGGCAUGCAGGAAAGAUCGCGCAAACUUGGCUGACGCAGAGGGUCCAGAAGAGCUUAUAGUCCGGUGGCUUAGUGCAAAACUUUGGCGAGAUCUAUACACAGAGUGGACAAAAGCGCCAAAAUUUGCAUGGUUGUAGCUUAGGACAUGUUAGUCAAUAUUAGCGUCGGUGCCCAAAGCUACCUCUUCAGAAUUUGAAGGAACUGCUCGCUGAAGUUGUUCAACAACCUUCCAUAAUGGGUGCCCUGUGAUGAAAAUUGCAAUCCCUUGUUUUUUGCCACUUUUUUAUGAAAAUUUCAUAAAAAGGCAGAUAGAUGGAAAAAGAAACUGUAUUUAUACUAUUAUUAUUGAAACCAAUGACUAAAACAAGUCAACGUAAUGAAAUAGCAACAAUGAUAUACUGGUGGGUUCCCUGUGCUAAAAAUAUCAAUUCCUUGUUUUUUACCAUUAUGUUGAUGAAAAUCACAUGAAAGACAUGAAAAUGGAAAAAAAAAAGAGAUUGUAUAAUUUAUUAUUGAAACCAAUAACAAAAACAAGUCAACUAAAUGGAAAAUUCAAGGAGGAUGUUUUCAGACGCGUACUCAGUACCAAAUGGCAGCUUGACUGUUGUCUUCUCAUGGACUGUAAGUAUCUGCUAGAAUAAAUUGCCGGGUUUUUAGGGGAAAUUGCGUGCAAUUUGAAUCACGACAGGUUUAAGUAAAGUGUUAAGCACUUCUUGGUAAUAAAUUUGCUAUUGAAAGCCACAUCUUUGCUUCACAUUUUGUGCAGAUUAUGAAUGACUAUACGGAGAUUAUUUUCGUACUGGUUAAAAUUAAUAAUAGUAAAAAUAGCUUCUUUCUAUAACGCUCAUAUCCUGAGCUCAUGGUGCUUCACAAUGUAAAAGAGGGAAAAAAUAUAUCUCAAGUAUGAAAUAACAUAUAUUAAAAUCUAUUUGCAAUUCACAAAGAACAAAAAAAGGAAACAAAAAUUUCUAUGUUUUAAAAUUAUUUUGUUAUUAAAGUUUAUCUAUUAUGAUGAUAAGUCAUGCAAAAAAAUGAAUAUACAUUCUAUAAGUAUAGGUAUAUGGUCUGCAGAUAUUAAAGACGUUUUACAAAAAUAUUGACUUACUCUCUAAAAUUUUCGUUAAAAGAUUUGUUCUCAGUCCUUUCUUUAAACUAGCUAAAGAUGGUGACUUGCGCAAAGCUGGCUAAUGGUAGUGAGUUCCACAGUUUAGGGGCUCACAUUGAAAAAGCCUUGUCCCCGUGAGUUUUCGAGGUUUUAAACGCUUUUGAAAUGCGGACCACAAGUUCCUGGAGUGCCUUUGAUAACCUAGUUUGUCUGCCAGAUAGCUAGGUGGAAAGGUUAUUAAGUGAUUUGAAAACUGACAAAAGAAGUUUAAAAACAACAUGAUAGCUAACAUGAAGCCAGUAAAGGUCAAAUACCGUAUUUUUUCGCUCCUUGACUCUAAAAGCUCUUGCUGCUCAUCCUCUUUUUUGUUAUCGGUUUUAAAUGACUUCUACGUCUUCUAAAGCUGGUAUUAAACGAUCAAAUCAUUUUGCAUUCGACACAAAUCACCUGACAUCGAUCGUUUUGAACUGAAUGUUGAUACUUGGUAACCAGGCGAAUUUUUUAGCACAUGCUCGACCCAAGAUGGCGGCUUGUUUACAGUCAUUUUCACACUGCGAUCUUGCGCUUGUUUCAGACCUUUAUUUUCCGCAGAAAGCUCCCAAAUCUGUUAACAGAACUAUGAAAGCUCUUUUGUCACAGUUAUUUUACCAGAUUUGACAGUUAAUUAACAAAACAUUCAGGCUCAUGUAUUACUCGAUCGAUUUUAUCUUGAUAAAGACAACUGACUUGCUUAUGGAACAAAAACGGAGUCCUUGAGUACUCACAGCCUUAGAAAACAAUGCCUUUUGUGUUGAUAGGUGUGAUUUUUUCGCUUUUGAUCGAAAUAUGCCACCUUUUUCGCUUUUGUUCACUCAGUACUGUUAUUCAUAAUCCUCACAAAAUAUGAAGUGAAAAUGUGGCUCUCGAAAACAUAUUCAUCACCAAGAAGAGCUUAAAACUUUAAUUAAACCUGUCGUGAUUCAAAUUGUACACAAUUUCCCCUAAAAAACCGGCCAUUCAUUCUAGCAGAUACUUACAGUCCAUGAAAAGACAACUUCAAGCCGCCAUCUUGAAAGGCCAUUUGGGACUGAGUACGCGUCUGAAAACAUCUUCCUUGAAUUUUCCAUUUAGUUGACUUGCUUUUGUUAUUGGUUUCAAUAAUAAAUUAUACAAUCUCUUUUUUCAUUUUCAUGUCUUUAAUGUGAUUUUCAUCAAAAUAAUGGCAGAAAACAAGGAAUUGAUAUUUUUAGCACAGGGAACGCACCGUGGUAUAUCAUUAUUGCUAUAUCAUUUAGUUGACUUGUUUUGGUCAUUGGUUUCCGGUCAGUAAUAACAGUAUUAAUACAGUUUCUUUUUCCAUCUACUUGCCUUUUUAUGUGAUUUUCAUCCAAAAAUGGCAAAAAUCAAGUGAUUGCAAUUUUCAGCACAGUCACCCAUCAUGGAAGGUUGUUGAAGAACCUCAGCGAGCAGAUGCCGCAAAUCCUGAAGAGGUAGCUGUGGGCACCGAUCCUAAUAUUGACUAACAUGCCCUAAGCUACAACCAUGCAAAGUUUGGUGCUUUUGUCCGCUCUGUAUAGAUCCGAGCAAGAGAGGAUAAAGGGGAUAGAGAAGGCAUCCUCCGUACACACCCUAUUCCACAGGUAAUUCGUCUCGAGUUAUUUUUAAGACCACAGAUCCCAAGGGGGAUUAGACAACAGCCAAUCAUGUAGCGCGAAUGUGUUCCGAGUGGAUGACCCACGCUCUGAGCCACGCGUCCUUCACGAACUGAGGCAGAAAAAAAUGGCGGAAGACGCGGAGAGCGAUAUUGCUAUUCGUUUUGUCCACGAAAACGACUAAAGAGAGAUUUCUGCUAAAGCUGUGUCAGCGAAACGGAAAUGAAAAAAGAAUCCCCCUCCUCUCUUGCUAACAGUACAGCAGGGAAAUCCUUAACACACUGAAUAUUCUCUCAGGAUCAUGUAUAAUUUACAGUUUGAAGAGAGCAAUUUCUGGUUUGAUAUUUAUUCUUUCAUUAGUCUUUUAUUAUUCAACAAAAAUAACACUUGGCGUCCUAUAAUAAUGAUGAUAAUAAUAAUUUAAUAACUUCUAGAGCGCUAUUUACAUUCACUGAUCAACAGCGCUUAACAACUUAAAAAAACUACAAUAAAAUUCAAAUUUGUAGAACUAAUUACAUGUACAUGAAUAUUACUUGCUACUUGCUUUAUUGUACAAACGACCGGUUUGAAUAGACCAGCGAAAUUUCUCAUUUUGUUUAAGCACUGAGGUUACGAUAACUUCGAGUUAAACUGAUUUCACGGGUUGUCAAAGAGUCGAGUGAUUCCCUUUUCCCAGGUGAGCGCCGACUCAUUUCGCUUCAAUAUUCAGAAAUGCUCUCGAUCUCUUUACGCUUUCAUUGCGUUUCGCCCGACAUGUUUUGCACGUUUAGUCACGCGAAACCUCCACGAAACAUCCACGCAGCGCGCGAGGUAACUUUAUCCCGAUUGUAAAAAUAACUCGAAACGAAUUACCUAUGGAAUAGGGUAUGUAUGGGGGAUGCCUUCUCUGUCCCCUUUAUCCUCUCUUGAUCCGAGCCUUAAGCCACCUGACUAUUAGUGUAUCCUGUGAACAUCAAAAACCCUGAAGAAAACAAACAAACAAACAAACAAACAAAAAAAAGAAAGUCACAAAAUGGUUCCACAAAGCUUGGGAUGAUGACGAUUGACGAUUGUUUUGGCGCAUGCGCAUAAGCUCGAUUUCGAACUUCUUUUGAGAAUCUGUUUCGAACUUUAUUUCUUUCUCUUUUUCUUCCCUUUACCUUUCGUUCUAGUUCUGUUGUCCACUUUAUACGGAGACAGAAAAGCCCUCUCAGUGUUUUUUUUUUUUCAUAGAAAAAAACGUCAUAUUUUUAACGUGGCCAUAUUUCCAUUUUAUCGAUUUUUAUCUGUUUUGACUUGUUUCAGUAAUGUGCGAUAAGUUGUUUCAUUUUACAAAUACGCUGUGUGACAUUUAACAAGCUGUGGUUAAGUGGUUUUUUUUGCGUGUGGUACCAAAGAAGCUCGCUUGUAAUUUGCCUCUGUUUUCUGUUUUUUGAACACAUUUCCCCUUCUCCGACUGGAUGUACCAAAUAUUGAAGAGGAGUUUCGUAAGUAUUUAGUUGUUGCUAUUUAUCGUCGACAGCAUUUAGACUUUGCUGACGUCGAAGCUUCUCCCAUUGCUACCGGCCAAUUAAGAGUUAACAGAAAAAUCACUCAUCACUUUACUAGUUGGAUGGUAACAAACGUCUUGUCUUACUUGUGCUUGGUACUUAAUAAGGUAAAGAACGUCAGAAAACCGUACAUGUCGAUUUUACAACAUUACAUCUGAUCAUAGUUAGUGGUCUAAGCCUUACAAAGCUUUAAGAGUCAAUGUCAGUAAGAAUCGGAGAUAAUCCCAAAAUCGCGGACACAGCUCAAAAUUCGUUUUCGCUGAUACUUUUUACAUCGAUAGAGUAUUGUAUCGUAGAAAAAAAAGAGGGUUAGUUUGGUCUAAUUUUUGCGUUUAUAAAGGGAAUUAAUAAAAUCGGUUGGGUCCGGUUUGAACCAAAAUGACCUGUUUGAUGAACCGAAAUUUCACUAUUCGUGACUCUAUCAAGUUAGCGGGAUAAAGCCUAUAAAUGAUUUCUUACUAUGAAUAAAUAGCUUGCCCCUCGGUAAAUUAAAUAUUGUUUAUAUUGACAAGUUGCCAGCUCUACUAAACUAAUACGGGUACUAUCUGUCAUACUAAAAAACAAACGGAAACAGAAACUAAAACAAGAUUAUUCACUUUACCGAAUUUUUAUGGCCGAACGAUUUUUUGGAGACGCGAUGAUGCCCACAAUUAUUCAAACUGUCUACACUUAACGGAAUUUAAGAAAAUGCCAGAAAGAACAAGAAGAAACAGAGGAAUAUGUAAAAGGGAUGUAAACAAUCUGUGAAAGAAACACGGUCCAUUUAGAUAUUCAGGCCCACCUAACAAUUGCAAAUGCAUUUCCUGCUGCCUUUGUAAGAACAUCUGCAAAUGUUCAGACUUUUUGGUCUUCUCGAAAAAAGAUGAAAUACUGUAGGUCUCGUCUCAUAGCCCUUUUCUUGUCUGAUUCUUGUGGAACGUGAAAGCACUUAACUCACACCACUGAAAACAGUAGAAGACGUAGACCCUGGCGGUUUGGCCAACCUUUCCUGUGCUGGGUGGGUUAUCCCUAAAGAGAGAUCUUAAUAUAAGGAAUGAUCCUCCGCCAGGUGUCGUAAUGGCUGCAUACCUUUCAUGUAAACAGUAUAAGUCUGAGAGAUGAAUUAUCAUUUCGUUGUUGGCAAAUUGCUCUUCAGUUGACACUCCUUAAAUUUGAGAAAAAAUUUCUUUCUCAGCACUGGAAUUUAUUCAAUUGAGUUUUCUUUCCUCUGAGAUUUAUGUGAAAACCGUUCGUCUAUUUUCUUCCUAGUAGACAAAUAUUUUUUUGUCAAGGCGUUGACGAAAAUUCUGAAAAACUGUAUUUACCAGACAAAGCAGUUUGAUAAGUUUUCAUUUCUGACCAAUGAAAUAUAGCGUGCGCGUAAAGUCACUUCCCUUGAGUUUGUCACGCGUUCCUCUUGUAAGUAAACACACCCAUUAAGGUCAUGUUCACACUAAACCGGAUAGCUUUUGGGCUGACAACCAAACCGGAUGAGGCUUUUGUUCACACAUGAUACGGUGACUUCACCUCCGGUCUUGGAAAUGUCAAAUAGUGGACCCGGCGUCACAUGUCAAAGACGUUUCGGCCGCUCUUUGUCGAAGCGAGCGGUGGAACCUAUUGAGACUGAAGUAAAUAUUACUGUGAGGAUUGGAAUUUGGUGCAGAUCCUCUCGGUCAACCGCACCGGCGAUGUUCGAUGUGUGUAAACCGGGCUUGUUACUGUUCUGUGCCGUUACCGUUCAUAAUUUUCCCGGAUAGCUUUUCAUGUCGGCACUAAAGGCUAUCCUGUAUUUUGCAGACAUAUCCUUAAGCUCGAUUCCCGCCACUUUCCUGAGUUCGGUCUUCUAUUGAUCGUUUUAGUUUGUGAUAUCGUGCGCUUCUGACUCAGUAACAAAAUGCAACAUGACACGUAAAAAAUCUCUCUCGAUAUUCCAUACUAAACCGUCCAUUAAGUUAUAAGUCAUAUUUGACCAUUUGUCUAUUUGUUGUUUACAGGGUCUGUGGUUGCCAUAAUCGUCGUUGUAUGGAUUCUUUCCUCAUUAGCUGGAUCAAUGAUAGAAUUUCUACCCUUGGAACAAAAGAAAUUCUAUGGCAUAAUUGUAACUGUCGCAUUCUUCUUCACACCACUCAUCGUUAUUUUGGUAGCUUAUGGUACGAUCUUUCACAUAGCUAGAGCGCAUGCACGAGGCAGAGGCGUCAGUUCUUUCAAAAAGGUACUCUGCUAUGCUAUUGUUAUUGCCAUUGCUAUUGAUAGUCACAGGAAUUCUACCACUGGACCGUACUGGCUGUAUGAUCACUAUCAUGUGUGCUUUUUCUCGAUGAUACCCAGUGCCAAAUACCAGUGAUCAUAGUCCAUGUUUUGGUAAUAUGUUACAAUCUCAUGAAAAUUAUAGCUAACGUUCUCAAAAAACACAUAUAUUGUCAAACCUGUAUUAUACGGUCACUCUUUGGGAAUGGCUUACUGGUCGCUUAAUAUAGGUUGACGGUUUAAUACAACUUUGACAAACCUAAGAGUUGUUCAAGCAAAUAAAGAUGGUCAAAGAGCGAACCCGCGACAAAACUACCUCAAAGUGCCUAGGCCUUUUUCUUGUGCCAUAAAAGGAGGUAAGAGACCAAUAAACGCCUUACAAACUGUAUCUAAUGCAUUAGUAUCGUACAUAUUGUCAAAGUGACCGUCUAAUAGUAACGUAACCGCCUAUUGGAGGUGACCGCUUAAUUCAGUUCAGUUUUACAGUAACUGAGGGAAAUGAUUUCCGGGAUAUAGUCAAACCUCUUCUGACAGACACCUCUAUUGCCUAAUUUCAUACCGCGCGGGGGCCUGUCACUACUGGAUUUUCCCGGACUUUUUAAAAAAGUCCAGUUUCAAAAUGGCGGAUAGUCGGAGUAAAAACUCGAACGAAAGCAUUCUUUUUAGACGAAAUAUUGAUCAAUAUUCCCUCGGAGAAUCUGUCUAAACUUAGUAAGGAAAGGAUGCAGUAUUUCUGCCAUGCCCUGAAGCUUAACUUAAGGAGCCGACACUCAACAAGUGCAAGCAAUUGUUCGAUGAACAUGUCGCUCGAACCAAACAUUGUUCUAAAUUUUCUACCGCAAAGGAUCCUCUGUUUAAUUCUACCCGCAUAUGAAAAGUAUAGGAUCAUUGCAGGAAAGAACACAGAUGUGAUUGUACACGUACCAAUCGUAGCCUAAGUAUGCUGAUUUACCUGGAUUAUUCCCGUCACGGAAAAGAGUAAUGUCCGUGAGUGUAGUGAACUUUGUGGCGUUAUGUACGUUAAACCCAGUGUUGUUCACAUGAAGGGAGAUAAGGGGAGAUAAGGGGCUAGUCUGUACUCAGUGCAUGCUAGCCAAAAGGUAGAUGUACGUGACAUUCUUGGUUGUGAUUACAAGCUGAUUGCGCAAAUUACAUGAACUGCAGUGUUACCGGACGAGAAAUGCCUCUCAAGUAAGACCGGAGUAUACUUGCUUUUAUCCAUGUUCAGUGAGAAUUGUUUCCGGUCUGAUCUUUAGGAUUUCUAUUGAGACCGUACACAGCGACGGGCAGAAAAUUUAAUGUAAGCCUUGCCGACCUAAUAUGCAAUAGUAGGUUGAGUUUGAUCGUCCGGGUGAACGUAGUCCUGAAUAGGACUGUUGUUGUUGACAGGGACUGACGUUUCGACAACCUGCGCGGUAGUCAUCUUCAGAGUCAAAGUGAGUUGUAUCACGUCAGUUGAUGGUAAUAUACUCUGGUUAUUGAUCUGAUUAGUCAAUUAUGUCGCGAUGUUAUUAGUCGUCUGUCAGUUAAGCCGUGAUGAUAUUGGCUAUGAAGACUCGUAAUCAGUAAUUGGUGCGUUUCGAUCCGUCUAUUGUCACAGUUAAACAGUUGCCUUUUGUUAGUCAAAUUGUCAGUUCUCCAGUCGUUCUCUCGUAGUUAGUUUUGCUUGAUCUCGUCAAUAAGUCGUUUGUACGGCGCUGGUAACUGUUGGCUACGAUUCAGUGGCGUUUGUUCUAAGUUAGUAAACCAGCUUUCUAAAGUAAGACGUUGAUAGUAGUCUGUAGAAUACGUUAUACAUUUCGCAGAGUCCCAGUCAAUUUGAUGUUUCGUCUUUAAAUGGUGCUCAGCAAUGCGAUUGUUGACGUCACCAUUCCUCGUCGCUCGUUUGUGUGCGGUCAGUCGCGUGCUUAGGUUUCUGCCGGUUUCAGCAAUGUAAGAAGCCUGGCAGUCGCAGCAUUUGAUCUUUUACACUGCUCCCUGUCUGUCCUCCGGUUUGUCUUUGUCCUUGACAUUAGUAAGCAGUCGCCGUAAAGUGGUUAUCGGUUUGUGUUGCAACACGUAUAUUGUAAGGUUGUAAUAUACAUGCAAUAGUUUCAGAGGUGCCUCUGACGUACGGUAUAGUCGCUUUCGUAACAGGGCCAGAGUUGGUCUGAGUGUUGGAAUCAGUGUUACUGUGAGUGUUCCGUCUAACAAAGUCCGUGUUGUAAUUGUAAUUGAAAUGACUCCUGGGUUCAAACCUUUCACACUAAUAUACAAUGUUGCCCUUUCACUCGGGGUCACUCUUGCGUGUUUCGCUUUUUGGUAGUUUUUAUUUUACGGUUUGUAAAAGUAGGUACACCCACUCCCUUAUAAUUCCCCAAUAUUCGGUUGCAUCCAGCGCCGUAAAAAGAGUUAAACUCGACGGUUCUUUGUUCAAAUUUUUUGUUGAACAAUUCGGGAAUCCUUCUAAUACUUCCAAGUAGCGAAAGUCUCCGAUUAGAUCUUUCUUUUCUCGAAAUUUUUAAUCGAGGUUCUUUAUAGCAGGAAACCAACUGUUCUUAGCUUGAGAAAAUUAACUUUCUGGAGUAAUCUGGCCCUUAAUAUCGUUUCAACUGCACGCAAUAACCUUUGCUUUACCUUCUAUUUUGGAAGCCAAAAACAAAAAGUCCGGGAAAAUCCGGUAGUGCCAGCCUGCCGCGCGGCAUGAAAUUAGGCAAUUACUUACAGCUCACUUGCUCCCAAAGAUAGUACCCUUCAUGCAGUUCCUAUCGGUAUAAUAAUGGACACUUUAUUUUGCGGGCUCCUGACUUUGUCCCUUUGGUGUUCGCACCGUAAAGAAGUUUCCAUGCAUCCCCCGUGGGAGAUAUAAAGUAACUUAGCAUGAAAAAUAUACAACACAAAUACAAGAUGUUUAAACUGUACAGGGACAGCGGAUCCAAACUCUUCAAAAUACUCUAACCGCCUUCGCAUCAUGUUCAUCAGUCGUAGGAUCUUAUCGACAACGUUAUCUUUCAUUACGUAACUAUUCAAUGGCGCUGAAUGUUGUUGCUGAUUUUAAGCACGUGCACUAUCUUUCUUUAAUGUAGGACCAACACUGGCAAAGCUCUACAAGCAUUAGCAACAAAAAGUUGUUAAUCAGUGUCAUGGAGUGACGUACACGCUCAUAUAAAUUACUAACGACGGCUAACCAAAAGUGGUUUCCGCGACACAAAGAAACGCACAAUGAACGAUGCAAUAGGAUGGUCACUUGACGGAAGACCACAAAAAAAACUAUAUAGAAGUACGACUGAUGAAGACUAAGGCAAAGUGCAUUUUGUCGUUGGCCAGAUAGUUUUCACUGACGCUUUUCUUUUUAUGUUGAUGUUGUUUUUUUUUUCUGAUUUGUUUUCUUUUUCUGCUUUUAAAAUUAUGUUAAUAUUUUCUGUUCUUCUUUUGAUUGAUCUAGAAUUCUACAUAGAUGAGUAGAUUAUUUGUCGUUUACUCCAUUGAAAUAGAAGUUCUUUUCACACCGUGUUUGGUAUGCUUUAUGAUUUUAUUAAAGCCACAAUUUAACGAUGUUGCUUUUGUUUCAGGAUUUGCGCAUUGCUACAACAGUAGCCGUAGUCAUUGGCCUUUUUGUCAUUUGCUGGACUCCAUUUUUUGGCCUCAAGUUCGGGUUCGCGGUUUGUAUGACCACAUUGUCCAAGGGAGCCGGUUGUUCAGGCCUUAUGACUUUGCCUUUCGACUUUCCGUGGAUUCUUUCGGUAAACAAGUGGCUUCAGUACGGAAAUUCGGUUUGUAAUCCCGUUAUUUAUGGCUUCCGCAACAAAGAUUUUCGGCGAGCGUUUCGAAAAAUUUUACUCGGAUUGUGUUGUAAAAAGGUGCGGCUGUCAGACUACAGCAAGAGCGCGUACGGACGCACGGUACAAAGCGCUUACUUACGGCGAGAAUCAAGCUUUGAAAACUCACGAUCAGUCAUCUUCCCUCCCAACGUACCGCUUGGAAUGUUUGACAUGCGGGACAGCUACCGUAAGGCGAUACAAAGCGGACGCAGCAAGCCGAUUAAGCUUAAAUUUACACCAAAGAAAAGUGUGGCAGAUGGUCUGCUAUCAAUGAACGUUGACGCCUUUCGCACUUCAAAUGAAUUUACUUCCAGUACGAGUGUCUGGAAUUCGUCUUCCGAGGCUUCCGUCUCUCCAGCGGAGCUUUGUAACCCUGCCUUCGAGGAGGACGAUCAAACCGAUAUCUGCCCUAUUGAUCAAGCGAUACCAGUGAGAGAUUCUAACGACAACAUCUCCUCGCAAUCAACUAAUUCUAUGUAUAUGAGUUCAAAAGGAUCUGUGCAUAGCGACCAAGCCUAUGUUCGAUUUUCGGAUUCCAAAACCAAGGAAAAGGAUAGCGAACCCAAAACCGUUGCUAACCUUGGUUCUGCUUUGGACAGGAAAAGGUCAUUAUCGGAGAUAUUUCUACGUACGACCAGUGCAAAAGACAGUCUCAAAAGAAAACUGCGGUCGUCAUUUUCUUAG